AUUUUAGUCUAAUAUGACCAGGACCACCUACGUAGGUUGACAGGUAAGUAAUUUAUGUACCUAUUAAAGUUUUAAUUUAUGUAUUCUGAGAUGUCCAAAUAAGAACAAUAAAAGAUACAUUAAGCUAUUAUUAAGAUAUGAAGUUAUGAUUCAAUUAUCCUGUAAAAUAAAUAAAUAAGUUAUUGAGUAAUAAAAAAUAAAAGUAUACAUUGUUCUUGCUGUGUUUUUGUUAAAAUCCAACUCCGGACCGCUUAUUGUUGUUGUUGUACCUACCCCGGAUAUUCAAUGAACACAACGAAUUGAAUUACGGAUCUGAACAAUACUUUUGUUUAUGCAACAAGAAUUGUAAUAACACGUCAAUCUUCAAAAAAACACUUGAGUGCAGUAUUUGUUUUGUAACUGUACAUCACACCCAAUUUUAAAAUAACAGCUUGUAUAAACUGUAGUUGAAAAUAAAAUGGCCAGAGCUCUUAUAUCCAGGCUACAUGUCUAUUUGACUGCUGCAGCAGUAUUCAUACUAAUUAUCAUCAAAGGUAUCAUCUAUUCUGUCAUUGAAGACUCGUUGCCGUCCGCAGAAGACCCGAGCUUUGUUCCGGGUGCAAAGUCAAUAUUCUUUCACGACACAUCUUGCCGAGGCGGCCUGACUAUACGUCAAGCGUGUUCGGUAGAAGCAGCGGCCAGAGCACACCCUGAGCACAUUAUCUACGUGCUGUUCAGCUGUCCAGUCACCAACUACGCGCAGAAGACGACCUGCCUCGCGAAGCUCCUCGAAUUCCCCAAUGUGAAGUUUCUGAGAGUCGACAUUACUGAAUUUUCCAAAGGAACAGCCGUGCAGUCUAUAGUACUCAACGAUAUAAAACUUAGUCAGUACCCAAUACAGCAUGCAGCCGACAUACUGAGAAUUUUGACCCUUAAUAAAUGGGGUGGCAUGUAUCUGGACACAGACAUGAUUGUGACGAGAUCUUUAGAGCAUUUGCCGAAAAAUUUUGUGGCUAAAGAAAAUCUAGAUGACGUCGCUUCGGGCAUCCUGUCUUUUGCGAAAGACGGAAUUGGUGCCAACAUAACUAAUGAACUUCUUAAAAUCAUGGGCCAAGACUAUAACCCAACGGGUUGGUCAGUUGUUGGUCCAGCAGCCAUAGACAAGGUGCUGAAAAUGUACUGCCCUCAGCUGAUUCACUCGGCCAACUACCAGACAGAGCCCAUCAGUAACUGUCAUGGUAUAACAGUAUUCAACUCCGAUUUGUUCUAUCCAUAUUACUACACGGAGAUCGAAGAUAUAUUUAGUGCUCCAACAGAAGAUUUCGACUUGGGAAGACCUUACGCUUACCAUAUGUGGGACUUCUUGUCGCAUAACAUAUCUAUUCAUAAGGACACGGUAUACGAAAUUGUUGCUGGCGCCUUCUGCCCUACGAUCCAUGACACGUACAGAGAUGAAUUUUGUGUUGAAAAUAAAUUUGAAUGACCCUGGCAGUAGAUGUAGUGGUUUGGAAUAUACAUAUUUUUUUGCCAGAACUUUGUUUCACUUAGGUGCACAACUAUUUUUUUGUAGAAAUUAUUUUUGAAGCGUGAUUUGUAUCUUCAGUGAUAUAUUUUUAUUUUGCUGUUUCUUUAAACUAACUUAAAGUUUAAAUGACGCAAAAUAUUCACAACAUCAUAACAUAACAUUUGACACAACACAUAACAUUUGACAAACAAACAUAUAACAUUUGAGCAUAAUAUUAAUGAAGGUAUCUAAUUACAUUACCUAAGUAGGUACUACUAGGUAUGCAGUGGGAAAAUAAUAGCAGUGUUUAAUUAAAAUCUUACAAACAACAUGCAUCAGUAGGUGAAUAGAUUGUGCAUUUAUGUUUUAUGUGUUUUUUAAUAAUUAUAAUGUUGAUUUACAAACUAAACAUUAUCCUAAACGAGGAAGAUUUUAAGAAAACAAAAUUUUUUAUUGUCAUUUUUUAACACCAAUGACUGUGUUUCCGAUGGCACGUCAAACUGUAGGUCCCGGCUGUCAUUGAACAUCCUUGGCAGUCGUUGAUUUUACAUCCUCUUCUUUUUGUGCUAUUUCUAUCUUUUGACCAACAGAUGUAUGCAGAUACAAAGUAGUUAUUGCUUUUAAUUUAUGUUUUCUGAGAUGUCCAAAGAAAAUCAAUAAAAGAUAGGUACAUUAAGCUAUUAUUAGGAUGUUAAGUUAUAAUUCAAUUAUCCUGUAAAAUUAAUUAAAUAAGUUAUUAAGUGAUAAAAAAUAAAAUUAUACAUUGUUCUCGCUGUGUUUUUGUUAAAAUCCAACUCCGGACCGCUAAUUGUUGUUGUUGUACUCCGGAUAUUAUAUAAACACAACGAAUUGAAUUACAGAUCUGAACAAUGUUUUUGUUUAUGCAACAAGAUAUAUUAAAAACACGUCAAUCUUAAAACAAAAAACACUUCAGUGCAGUAUUUGUUUUGUAACUGUACAUCACACCCAAUUUUAAAAUAACAGCUUGUAUAAACUGUAGUUGAAAAUAAAAUGGCCAGAACUUUUAUAUCCAGGUUACAUGUCUAUUUGACUGCUGCAGCAGUAUUCAUACUAAUACUAAUUAUCAUUAAAGGUAUCAUCUAUUCCAUCAUUGAAGACUCGUUGCCGUCCGCAGAAGACCCGAGCUUUGUUCCGGGUGCAAAGUCAAUAUUCUUCCACGACACAUCUUGCCGAGGCGGCCUGACUAUACGCCAAGCGUGUUCGGUAGAAGCAGCCGCCAGAGCACACCCUGAGCACAUUAUCUACGUGCUGUUCAGCUGUCCAGUCACCAACUGCGCGCAGAAGACGACCUGCCUUGCGACGCUCCUCGAAUUCCCCAAUGUGAAGUUCCUGAGAGUCGACAUUACUGAAUUUUCUAAAGGAACAGCCGUGCAGUCUAUAGUACUCAACGAUAUAAAACUUAGUCAGUACCCGAUACAGCAUGCAGCCGACAUACUGAGAAUAUUGACCCUUAAUAAAUGGGGUGGCAUGUAUCUGGACACAGACAUGAUUGUGACGAGAUCUUUAGAGCAUUUGCCGAAGAAUUUUGUGGCUAAAGAAAAUCUAGAUGACGUCGCUUCGGGCAUCCUGUCUUUUGCGAAAGACGGAAUUGGAGCCAACAUAACUAAUAAAAUUCUCGAGUAAGUAAGAUUGUACUUAAGUCCAGACCAGUUGCAUCAUUCAACUUUAAUGGUAACCAGUGGCGGCGUAGCAUCGGGUGGUACCUCCCCAAAAGAAAACGACAGAAUAUAAUCACGUUGAAAAAAAAACCUGCAGUGACCCCAGAAAUUUUCGAGAUUUAGGACACAAAAGAAUCCAAAAAUAAACACUAAAGUAAUCCGCGAGCGUACCGAGCUUGAAAUUUUUGAGUUUGUUGACACAAAAGUACCCAAACAAGUUUGAAAAAAGCGCUGUACAGUGAAGAAGCCGCGAGCGUAGCGAGCGCGAAAUUUUAGAUUUUUGGGACGUAAAAAGAUAUGUAAAGAAAUGAGAGAAAAGUAGCGUAAAGAGUAAGGUGCGAGCGCAGCGAGCGCGAAAUUUUUGAGUUUUGGACCACAAAAGAACUCAACAAGUUUGCACAAAAAACUACCGGAAAGCGAGCUCAAAAUUUUUUGAGAUUUGGGACAAAAAAGUCCUCCACCUCGCCUACAAAUAGCGCCUAAACAACUUAAAAUGACCACUGUAAAGUGAAUUUUUUUAGUUGUUGUUUUUGAGGACUUUAAUUUAACUCUGAAUUAAGCACAAAUAAAAAGAAACUGUGACUAUAAUAAGUGACUGAAGCGGGAGUCAGUUGUUUUUGCUACUUCCGUGCUUAAAAUUUAUGUUAGACUAGUUUCCGCCAGCGGCUUCGCCCGCGUGGUGUGUUGAUAAAAAGUAGCCUAUGUGUUAAUCCAGGGUAUCAUCUAUCUACAUACCAAAUUUCAAUCAAAUCGGUCCAACCGUUUUUGCGUGAUUGAAUAACAAACAUACAUCCAUACAUUCUCACAAACUUUCACAUUUAUAAUAUAAGUAGGAUUCAGAACUCAAAAUGCAAGGGCAGAACAAAAUAGAGCAUUUGCCGAAGAAUUUUGUGGCUAAAGAAAAUCUAGAUGACGUCGCUUCGGGCAUCCUGUCUUUUGCGAAAGACGGAAUUGGUGCCAACAUAACUAAUGAACUUCUUAAGUAAGUAAGAUUGUACAUUAUGUCUAGGGCCCACUAGACCAUUUGCAUCAUUCAACUUUAACGGUAACAAAACCAUAUCCAGCCGUAUACUUUCAGCCCAUUGGUCAUAUCGGCGAUUUUGCGACUGAAAAUACUUCAGUCAUCGUUUCAGUUAAAUGGUGCAACUCACCGUAAGCAUAUUGUCUGAGGUAAGAAUAGCUAGCUGAGCUAAAUAGUCAUGUUUUGUUUACAGAACCAUGGGCCAAGAUUAUAACCCAACGGCUUGGUCAAUUGUUGGUCCAGCGGCCAUAGACAAGGUGCUGAAAAUGUCCUGCCCUCAGCUGAUUCACUCGGCCAACUACCGGGCAGAGCCCUUCAGUAACUGUCAUGGUAUGCACUAUGAACGCGAGAUAUAAGCAGAUAAUAUGCUUUGUCCGACAAUUUGCAACAAAGUUUACCCCCUUACUUAGAAAUUCUUCAAAAUGCUAAUUUAGAAUACACUCUAAAGCAUGCUUGGCUAGCCCUUUUGUUGCUAGCAACAUAUUCCAAUCAUUAAAACCUUUUGAAACAUGCAUAAACUCCUUAAAACAAAGCUUGGAAAUCACAUACUUACCUAUAUUUGUUUUCCAGGCAUAACAGUAUUCAGCUACGAUUUUUUCUAUCCAUAUCACUACACGGAGAUCGAAGAUAUAUUUAGUGCUCCAACAGUAGAUUUCGACUUGGGAAGACCUUACGCUUACCAUAUGUGGAACUUCUUGUCGCAUAACAUAUCUAUUCACAAGGACACGGUGUACGAAAUUGUUGCUGGCGCCUUCUGCCCUACGAUCCAUGACACGUACAGAGAUGAAUUUUGUGUUGAAGAUAAAUUUGAAUUACCCUAGCAGUAGAUGUAGUGGUUUGG